UUUGACGGAGGGACGCUGCUGUACAUGGACCAUCACUGCGCCUGCAAUCCGCCGCCUGUUCACACACACGCAUGUAAUGCCUCGCUGAAAUCUGGACGUACACGUUGGAGACGACACGCGUGUCAAUAUUCCAUCUUUGCAUGUAUGGAGAGGAGGAACUAGUCGCCGGGUCCGCGGCUGUUUGUCUUUUUUUUUUAAAUCGUCCCCCCCUCCCCACCUCCACCUCCACACAUAUCACUCUAAUUAGUCGGAGGCAUGUGGAAUCUCACCAGGAUUAGGAAUUGCUUCCCAAUAGUGUGCCUGCUGUUGACGUUAUGGACGGAGGUGUCCCAGUCAACCGGCUAUUUCGAGCUGCAGCUGAUCUCCGUGGAGAAUGUAAACGGCGAGCUGGCGGACGGGGAGUGCUGCGACGGUCCCCGGAGCUCCCAGGACCUGAGCUGCACUCAAGACGAGUGCGACACUUACUUCAAAGUGUGCCUGAAGGAAUAUCAGAUGGAGGUGGCCACCACUGGCUCCUGCACGUUCGGAGCUGAAUCUACGCAAGUUGUCGGUGGAAAUACGUUUUCUCUUAAGGGCGCCAACAAUAACCCGAAUAAAGUCGACGAUGCUGGCAGGAUUGUGAUCCCCUUCCAGUUUGCUUGGCCGCGGACAUACACGUUGAUUGUAGAGGCCUGGGACUGGGACAACAAGACACGAGAAACUGAGGAGGACCUGCUGAUUGAGCGCAGCGCCCGCACUGGCAUGAUCAACCCUGGUGACCCCUGGCAGACAAUCAUGCACGAUGGGCCCGUGGCUCGCAUCACUUAUCGUAUCCGGGUAAAGUGUGACGAAAACUACUACACCAGCACGUGCAACAUACAGUGUUCUCCUCGUGACGACUACUUUGGCCACUACCGCUGUGGACCUUCUGGCACCCGUGUGUGCCUGGAGGGUUGGAUGGGCCACGACUGCACAAUAGCGAUCUGCAAGCAAGGUUGCAACCUGUUACAUGGCUCAUGCAGUGUCCCAGGCGAAUGCAAGUGCAGAUAUGGCUGGAAGGGCCAGUUUUGUGAUGAAUGUGAGCUUCAUCCUGGUUGUGUCCACGGGACUUGCAACGCCCCCUGGCAGUGCAACUGCCAGCAGAACUGGGGCGGUCUGAUGUGCGAAAAAGAUCUGAAUUACUGCGGUCGCCAUCAGCCUUGUGUUAACGGAGGAACUUGUAUGAACACCCAGCCUGAUGAGUACCACUGUGCCUGUCCAGAGGGCUUCUCUGGAAAGAACUGUGAGAUAGCUGAGCACGCCUGUGUUUCCAGUCCCUGUGCAAAUGGUGGUACAUGCCGCGAGGUUCCAGCAGGGUUUGAAUGCCAGUGUCCUCCAGGCUGGGAUGAUCCAACCUGUGCCAAUUUGGAUGACUGUGCUUCCAGUCCAUGUUCUCAUGGUGGAACUUGCAUUAACCUGAAGGAUGGAUUCGAGUGUGUGUGCCUCCCUCAGUGGGAAGGAAAGACCUGCCAGAUAGAUGCAAAUGAGUGUGAGAGACAGCCCUGUGUGAACGCUUACUCUUGCAAAAAUUUGAUUGGCGGAUAUCACUGCAGCUGUUUUCGGGGAUGGUCCGGACAAAACUGUGACAUCAAUACCAGCACCUGCCAUGGUCAGUGCAAGAAUGGAGCAACUUGCCGCGCUGUGUUGGACAGCUUUGUGUGCGAAUGCCCACCGGAGUUCACUGGACAGCUGUGUGAGUGUCCUGAAGGCUACGAAGGAAAGAUGUGUGAAAGGCUCAAAGAGGAUUGCCAAACCACUCCAUGUCUAGCUAUUGACAGCUGCAGCAUUGCUGUUGCAACCAAUGACUCGGAUGGCAUACAGAACAUACCCUCCAAUGUCUGUGGUGCACGAGGACGCUGCAUCAGCCAGCCUGCCGGAAACUUCACCUGCGUCUGUGAUCCGGGUUUCAGUGGCAUCUACUGUCACGAGAAUAUUAACGACUGCAUAGGCAACCCAUGCAGAAAUGGGGGAACCUGCGUUGACAGAGUGAACUCAUUUCAGUGCGUUUGUCCUGAUGGAUGGGAGGGCCAGCUCUGUGACCACAAUGUCAACGAGUGCAGGCACAAUCCUUGUAAGAAUGGUGGACAGUGCAUCGACCUGGUAAAUGACUUCUACUGCAACUGCACCGAUAACUGGAAGGGCAAGACCUGCCAUUCCCGUGAGCGCCAGUGUGAUGAAACCACCUGCAGUAAUGGAGGAACCUGCAAUGACCACGGGGAUACCUUCCGCUGUGCAUGCCCACCUGGUUGGGGAGGAAAGACGUGCAACACAGCUAAGAACAGCACAUGCGCCUCCAGUCCUUGCUCUAAUGGAGGGACUUGUGUGGGAGGAGGCGAUACCUUCACCUGCAUCUGUAAAGAGGGCUGGGAAGGCCCCACCUGUGGACAAAAUACAAACGACUGCGACCCUCAUCCAUGUUACAAUGGUGGGAUCUGCGUGGACGGAGUCAACUGGUUCCGGUGCGAGUGCGCCCCCGGUUUCGCCGGACCUGACUGCAGAAUCAACAUAAACGAGUGCCAGUCUUCACCCUGUGCCUAUGGAGCCACCUGUGUGGAUGAGAUCAAUAGUUUCCGAUGCAUCUGUCCUCGUGGAAGAAGAGGAGCCAGAUGCCAAGAGUUCAUAGGCAUUGGGAAAACUUGCCACUAUACUGGGCUGCAGUUUCCACAUGGCAGCCACUGGGAGGAGGAGUGCAACAGUUGCCAUUGCCUCGAUGGCAAGGUGGAUUGUACAAAGGUGCUAUGUGGUCGCCGUCCAUGCCAGCUCGAAGCAUCGGGCCGUGACCAGUCCUGUCCAGCUGGACAAGAAUGUCUGGAGCAUAGCUACUUCACCUGCUUCUCCCCCCCUUGUCAUCAGUGGGGGGUUUGUUCAAUGGUUGGACCUCCACCUCCACAUGUAACCACCAAGUGCCAGCCAAACAGCGGCCAUUUGGACAACAGCUGCGGCCGCAUAACACUCGUUUUCAACAGAGACAAAGUACCGCCGGGAACAACAGUGGAGAAUAUCUGUUUUGAGCUGAGGUAUCUUCCUGAUACUAGACACUUGGCAAGAGAUCACGCUCUUCUCCUUCUCUGUGAUCUCUCUCAUUCAAAUCAGGAUGCUGUAGAGGUGGCUAUAUCUUUCCAUCCAGAGGAUUUACCUGACCACAGUCUGAUCCAGGAGACAGCCAGUGCCAUUGUGGGCACCUUGUCCAAGCGGCACAAUAGCACCAUAAUGCUGGCAGUCAUUGAGGUCAAAGUGGAAACCCAGGUCAUGCGUCCAUCAGUGGAUUACCUGGUGCCUCUACUAUGUGUCGCCUUUUGCUUGCUCUGCCUCUUCUGCAUCAUUGUAUGUGUUUGGUGGACACGCAAACGGAGAAAAGAGCGCGAGAGGACCUCCCGAUCAGCCGCUGACGACAGCGUCAACAACCAGUGGGAGCCACUGCGGAUCGUUGUGCGACGUCAGCAGGAGCAGCAGCAGCUGAAAGAAAGCAACAGGGAGGCUGAGCAGGAGCGCAAAAAGCUCAUGGGCCCCUCCUGUCGGACGUAUGAUGAGGAGGAGGAGGAGACGGAAGGCGAGCUUGAGCUCGAGGAGGAGUGCGGUGGAGCAGAGGCGGGAAAGCAGCUAGUUUAUAAGUACUCUAAGACUGCAGUGCGGCCCAGUGGAGGAGUGAUCUGCACCAUGCACAGCUCCAGUUCACCCCUCAAAGCCCCCCACCGGACCCCAGGCUACAGUCCCAAAGACAACCGCUGGAAAAAUGUCAGUGCGGUCCUGACUGGUCAGAAAGACCUCAGAGACUAUUGUGUAUGAGAGAUAUAUAUAAACAAAUGAGUUGCAGUGUGGAAGCAAGAGAAGCUGCAAGGCAGUGACUAUUUUUAGUUUGGACUAUUUUUGGACAGAAAGGAAAAAAUGCUUUUUGUUUAUAUAAGCCAUUGUUUGCUUCAUUUUCAUGUUUUCGUCACUGUCACCUGAAGUGAUUUUUGAUUCAGGAGGGCUAGAGCACAGUGAACAUCCUUUUUUCAUUCUGUUACCUUAUUUUCCUUUACAUGUACACAGAAGGAGCUGAGAUGUAAUGAUAUUUCAGGAGGCAAAAGAAGCUCCUUGCAAUUUAUGUUUAUGGACUUGUUGGUAAAUGGUGAGUCACUGAUAUGGAUUGAGGGAAAAAAAGCAGGCUGUAUAAUUUUAUUUUUGUUUGUUUUGUUUACAGAUGAUUAUGAUUUUGUUAAACUAUCAGUGGGUUCCUGUUCAGUGUCUGUUGGGGAGAUACACAUUAAAGGGAGAGAAAGGGAAGGGUUUUAUAGAGACAUGGACUGUUGUUGCAUUCACAGUAACAGGAGAAACUCUCCCUUUGCUCUAGUUUCCUUCCAGCUUUGCCCACCUGUGGCCGUCACACGCCAGCCUUACCAAAAACACUUGGCCUGGAGGGGAAGAGGGGGCAGAAACCCCAGUGCCUACUAUGUGGCCUUCCUUGUUUUUGUUUGUUUGUUUUCCUUUUCUCCUGUCUCGUUUUCUUGGCUGAAAGCUCUGUUUGACGAUUUUUUGCAGUAUUUGAGUUGGUAGCAAGUGCCUUUCUAAGAGCUGCGUUCAGGCUCCAAGUUGCGCUGCCCAGUUUGACCUCCUUGUUCUCAAAUCUCAAAGGGAUAUGUGUACAUGUAGACUUCAAUUUCACAGCAACGCCAUUCAAGGUAUUUGAUCAAAGCAGAAAUGAAUACUCUGUACAUACAUGUAAAUACUAAAGGAGUCGCUGUGUAUAUUUGAAAUAAGUAACUUAAAAGACAAGUCACACAUUUUUAUUAUUAUUAUUAUUAUGAUUAAUAUUAUUUUUAUUUUUUUUACAACGCCAUUCCUUUUAUUUAAUGCCAGUCCAAAUAGGCAGGUUUUAUAACACUUAAUACUCAGAGUCCCGCAGUUAAGAGUUAGGAACAUUUACAAUGAGGUACCACCUAUGAAGGAAUUUAUGAAGGGUUUAUAAAUGGUUUGUCUUUUUUUUUUUUUGGGGGGAGGGGGGUUAUUAUGUGUGUAUUAUGUGAAAUAUGAAAGAAAGAAAAAGUGAUGUUUUUUUUGUUUUUGACCUUUACAUUAUGUGAUAGAAUAACUUUCACAGAUGUUAUUUUGGCUUUUUUUCAGUCUAGCAUGCAGUCUCAAUAUUAGCUUCCCUUUGUGUUUUGUUUGUUGUUGUUGUUUAGGGCGGGGAUGUAUAGACAAUUGGCAAAGUUAGAAGUAGGAAGCAUAACCUGGAUGUUUUAUUUUGUAGGAAAAUGUACUAUAAAUGCUUUAAUUUUGCUCUUAACUGUUGUUAGCUCUAAGAUUUACUUGCUAUUUAUUUGUAAAAUCAUAUUGCUAUUAUGGUCAAACCGCUCUUUUGCUUUCUUUUUCAUUGUUUUUUCUUUUUUCUUUUUUGUCUUUCUUUUCUUUUUCUUUUUUUAAAGCUGCCAAUACUAUAGCCUUAACAAGUUUCCAAACCAUUUAUAAACCCAUCACAAACCCUUUUAUUUCAGGUGCCUUAAUGUAACAAUGUAUUGUUUGUGUUAUCAGUGGUCGUGUUAUGUUGUUGGGGUUUUUUUUUUUUUUCCUUUUUUUGUUGUUGUUGUUCCACUAUUAAGGCAGGUAAGACAUCUUGUGGUGUACUGUGGUGUGCUUUAUUCACUUGAGUAAAGUGCACUGCUGUCACUUUACUGUCACGGAGAUUUCUAAAAUAAAACACAGAUGGAUGGUUUAAAAACAAAAGAAAAACCAGUCCACUCUUGGCAGUUUAGAGUGUUCUGAAUGUGGAUGUUGGGUCAAAUGUGGACAUCUUGCAUUAGCAUUAGCUUGGUUUAAAGGCUUUAAUGAAGGGAACAAUGUUUGCAGAUGCAGAUUUUUCUUUGCCAUCAUGCAAAUGUGUUUUAAGUUACCAACUCUGUUUAAACAGUUUUACCCCUUUUCAUAUCAUGUCAUUGUCUCAAAACGCCAUUGUAUUUCUGUAAAUGGGACACAGCAAAAUAAACAAUUAAAGCUG